AUGUGGGAGAUGAUGUCUAAACGGUUCAUCUUUGGCUUGAUAAGCCUUCAUCUGAUGAUGGGUGAAACUGCUGGUAAGGAGAUGUGUAAGGCCUCCAUUGGGCAUGGAUGGGCGUGUCCUCCUACUUGGUACCAGUGGGGACGCAAAUGCUACAAAGCCAUCACUGAGCCCCUAACAUGGUUUGAGGCAAAAGAUGAGUGCACCAAGAUGGGAGGUUUCUUGGUCGCGCCACGAUCUCAUGAGGAAACUGAUUUCCUCGUGCAACUACUGCCAUCCAAGUUUUGGAUCAAUUGCAGUGACGUCGAGAAAGAAGGUGUUUGA